GACACGUCAAACAGGUGACGUUUCGAACCUCAAGCUAUGAAACGAGUCAUUACAACUCUGUUACUUUGCAAGGUGCGGGAUGGUCACCGUUAGUUUAAAUCGUUUACGUUAAUUUUGAAAAAAAAAUCACUGAGACAAUUAAGCUUAUUAUGAGGAUGGUGUUGACUGGUCGGCCUGCACAGACCCACCCUUCUGACCCCAGCAAGUACAGUCUGGCUGUCUUCUGAGGAGCCGGUGGGGAGGCGGGGGUGUAGAAGGAAGCUAUGCUCUCGGGCAGCUGGCGGCGCUCGGCGGCCCCCGCCUCUGCCGGCGGUGGGGGUGGUAGUAGCAGGCCCAGCGGCACGGUGGUCGUGGAGGCCCAGUACGACUACUCAUAUCGCGGCGCAGACGGCCGGCAGGUCAGCAUGCGGGAGGGCGAGCGCUUCGUGCUGCUCCGAAAGUCCAAUUCCGACUGGUGGCAGGUGCGGCGCCUCGGGGCGUCCAGCAAGGCCCGACCCAUCUACGUCCCGGCCACCUACGUGGUGGAGGUCUCAGGCGCGGCUCCGCCUGGCCCUCCUCCCACAGCGACCCCAUUGCCAGGCAACGCAAAGUUGCAGUCCCGGGUCUCCCUCACACCCUGCAUGCCCACCCAGGGCUCAGGGACCUUUAAAACUGUGAUCAAAACCUUCUGUCGGUCUAUGGAGGACCUGAACUCCAGUAGUGCCUACAGGCUCCCUGAGGCGGGGCCCAACCUGGGGGACGAGCGCUACACAACGCUGCCCCUCCCCCGACCCGGCAACCCCGCCAGCUCCUCGACGGGCCACCUGCUGGUCCCCCGCGGGCUGGCAUGUGCUGCCGCCAUGCCCCGCAGCAAGAGCUCCAGCAACCUGCCCCAGAACCCCUACAAGCAGGGCCCCGGAAUGGCCGCCAGGAGCUCGCCCUGCUCCAGACCCACCAAAUUCUACAGCCAGUGGGACAUGGCGAGCCGGGCCUGCACACAGCCAGCUGGACCGUGCCACAUCCCCCAGGAAUCGCUGUCCUAUAGUAACCAGCAGGGUGUGAAGCAUCAGCCGGGACCCCCCAGCCCGGCCCUGGACCAGCGCCCCCUGCACGUGCUGGACAUGUGGGAGCAGUACCUGGAUCCAGCUUCUGGUCGCUGCUUCUACGUCAACAGUGUGAGUGGUGAGCGUUCCUGGAAGCCACCCCGGCGAGGCCGCAGCCAGGCGAGUCCCAUGCAAGCAGGAACCUUCAGCCAAAACACCAACCACCUGUCACUGGCUGGUCUCAGCCCUGGAAAAGGCAUCAGGGACAUGAACUGGGCCACCUCCUCGGACAGCCUCAGCGACACCUCCCGGAACUUGGAUGACACCCAGCACCCUUUCGCCCUGUCAGGGAGGACAGGGCAGCCCAGUGGUAGCCGCCCGUUGGCGCUGCCCUUGCUGCAGGAUGCGAAGGGCCAGUUCUGUGUAGAUCAUGUGACCGGUCAUGUGACCAGCAGGGACGCAGAUGAACCCUCCCCGGACAGCUGCGUGGAUGGUUCUGGGAGCAUCAUCACCCCGGAGCUGGAGAAAGCAGGGAUGCUGAAUAAGACGAAGAUCGCGGAAGGCGGCAGGAAGCUAAGAAAGAACUGGAGCCCCUCUUGGGUGGUUCUGGUGGGCAACAGCCUGGUCUUCUUCAAGGACCCCAAGUCUCAGACACCCUCCAGCUGGAGGCCUGGGAACAGCAAGCCAGACAGCAGUGUGGACCUACGUGGGGCUCAGCUGCACUGGGCCACCGAGCUGUCCAGCAAGAAGAAUGUCUUCAGGUUAAGGACAGUCACUGGGAAUGAAUUCCUGCUGCAGUCAGAGACGGAUUCUGUGAUCAUGGAGUGGUUUAACACCCUGCGUAGUGUUAUCGACCGGCUGGACCGUGAGAACCCCCUGGACAAUGUGCUGCUCUACUCUCUGCGGAGGUCCAGCAGUGUGGACAUGCUGGACCAGAGCGGGGACGAGGACGAAGGCCGAUCCGGGCACAAGUCCUCCUUGCCUCGCUCAGUGUCCAACCUGGAGACCUCAGAGAAAAAGCGGGUGAAGAGCCGGCUGAGGAAGUUCAUCCAGAAGAGGCCCCCCCUACAGACUCUCCAGGAGAAGGGGCUCAUUAAGGAUCAGGUGUUUGGGUGCCGCCUGGAGACGCUGUGUGAGAGAGAGAAGACCACAGUGCCCCGCUUCGUCAAAAUGUGCACAGAGGCCGUGGAGAGGAGAGGGCUGGAGACGGAUGGGAUCUACAGGGUCAGUGGGAACUUGGCAGUCAUUCAGAAGCUGCGGUUCACUGUGAAUCAUGAGCGGGCAGUGAGCACCGAUGGACGAUUUCUGUUCCCUGAGGGGUUGGCGCAAGAGGAGAAGCUGAACCUGGACCACAACCAGUGGGAGGACAUUCAUGUCAUCACUGGUGCCCUUAAGCUCUUCUUUCGGGAGCUUCCAGAACCGUUGGUCCCCUACAGCCUCUUUACGGACUUCGUUGAGGCAGUCAAGAUACCAGACUACCAGGAGAAAGUGGAUCGCUUGAAAUGCCUGGUUCACAACAUGCCGCCGUCCAACCAGAACACUAUGCACUUCAUGUUCCAGCACCUGAGAAGAGUGAUGGAGCAUUCAGACACAAACCGCAUGACAACCCAGAACAUCGGCAUCGUCUUUGGGCCCACGCUGAUGCGGCCGGAACGAGACACCAUCAACAUGGCCGUCAACAUGGUGUACCAAAACCAGGCUGUGGAGCUCAUUCUCAGCGAGUUCAAUCAGGUGUUUGGACCCGAAAACACUGGAGCCCAGUGAAGGGCCCCUCGCCUUUUACCAGAAGAAUUGUCCCCUGCAUUUCCUCCAAACUGUCCAGUCCUCAUGAAAAAGAAGGAAGAAGAAUAUGAAGAAAAGGUGGCAAAGUAAAGGAGAAGAUCGGACUGAAUUCAAGGGAAGGACCUCAAGAUCUAAAUCGGUAGUAAUAUAGCAGGAAGAGAGCCACUGAGCCACACGGAGAGGUGUGGUGUUUUGCACCUGUAUGCACCCGUAAUGGAUUUUCAGUGUGCCAGUCAAGAAUGAUGACAAAUGACUAAGCAAUAGAAUUAACAUGCAGUAUAAAUAAAUGAAACAGCCAGUGCGUUUUAGCUCUCGGCUCAGGGAGAGUCUGACAGAUGGAUGUUAAGUGUUACUGAACGCUCUGUGAAUUGACAGCGCCAUUCAUUCACUCAGGUACUUGCAGGGCUGCCUGGCACCAUGAAGAGAAGAGGAUGUGUCGUGCUGUUUUUCUCUUCUUUUUUUUUUUGUGGUGGUGUUGGUGUUGUUGG